AUGCCCCGUAUUCAAUGGAUCAAGCUUGGAUUUGCUGCUGAUCAGAAGCUUGGUUUAGCCUCGCGUCUCUCUUUGGAAUACUAUGACUGCCGUCGAGUCCCCGAGCCAUACCACUCUUCAUCUCAAGAUGUGGCGACAGACUACCUCCGAUGUUUGCAUAAGCAUAUCAUCGAGAUUUUGAAGUCCAAGACUGGCUCUUCGUUUGAUAGCAUUGACCUGGAGUUUGCUCUAACUGUUCCAGCAAUGUGGCCCGACAAAGCCAAGAUGACCACACUUCGCUGUGCAGAGAAUGCAGGCUUUGGUGGGAAUGGCACAAUACGUCUAAUCUCUGAGCCCGAAGCUGCUGCAAUGCAUGCGUUGAGUGCAUCUAAUCCUCAUGGAUUAGAAGUUGGCGAUACUGUUGUUCUCUGUGAUGCAGGCGGUGGUACGGUAGAUCUCAUAACGUUUUCAAUUGCUGAACGGGUGCCUACUCUACGUCUUAAAGAAGAAGCUUCCGAGGAUGGCUCACUCUGUUGGUAG